AUGGUGGAGUAUUUUCUACAAGCUUUGGAGCCCAUUUACUUUGGCCAUCUGAUAUCAGCCAUAGGCAAGUCAUUCAAUGAGGUAGUGAAGAUGGGUGGCAUGGUGGAAGAAGGUCUUAAGUCAAGCAAAAUCAUGAGCUACUCGGCCAUCAAAACAACCACCCAAGCCAUCCAAAACGGCACCGGAGGAGUGAUUGGAAAGAAAAAGAAAGAAGAUGUGGCUACAGUUGAUUCAGGAUCAUGGUUUGGACCUAGGGGCCCGUCACACCAUUAUACCCAGCCUCGACCCUAUCACAGAGCCUACGCCCAAAACCUCUAUAAUCCACACCAACAUUACUACCCGUCACCAGACCCUCAUAUCUCUGUCCACCAUGCCCAGUCAUAUACCCAACCACAAUGGCGCCCCCAGUACCACAAAACACCUACCCAGCUCCACAAAAUGCUUACCCACCUCCCCGAGCCUACCGAAACCCUCCCGGUCCAGCCGAAUCCGCCUCCCAAGAAUCUUGAUUACUCCGUGAGCUGCGGAUAUUGUUCUGGAACUCCGGGGCAUGAUACGGAGAAGUGCUGGCACCUGAAAAAUGCCAUCCAGGAACUCAUUGACACGAACCGUAUUGAAAUCCAAACCCCGGAGGCACCCAAUAUUAACCAGAAUUCAUUACCAGUUCAUGAGGGAAUGAAUAUGAUCGAGAUAGUACACAAAGGUGGGGAGCCCAAGAAGCCAUCGCAAUCUGUUAUGAUGAUUCGAUCCAGCGAGGUCCAGCCGACCAAAGGAAAAAGUAUCGCAAAACCAAUGGUUAAAGGAGCGGUGAACAAGUUAAGCAUGACAAAAGGUGAACCUUCUGUGGUAGUUGAAAAGAGAUCCACAAGUGAUACGAAGUCAAAAGUGAUUGUGCCAGGAUUGGCAAACAGGCCUAUCUUAAUUGUGAAGGGUGCCUGCACGGACCCUGUCAUCAUCAAGCCUGUAACCCAGUUGCCGGUAAUCAACACCAAGGCUGUCCCCUGGAGCUAUGAACGGGUGACAGUGACUUACAAGGGGAAAGAAGUGAAAGAAGAAGUCAAUGAGGCCCAAGGGCUAACUCGUUCCGGGAGAUGCUUUGCCCCGGAAGAGUUGAGAAAAGCCAAGGUAUCCAAGGAUAAUUCAAUUCUAGUAAAGAAAGCAGUCACUGAGGAAGAAGCGGAGGAGUUUCUGAGGAAAAUGAAAGUACAAGAUUACUCCAUCGUGGAGCAAUUAGGAAAGACUCCUGCUCAGAUUUCCUUGCUGUCAUUAUUAAUCCAUUCAGAUGAGCAUCGUCGGGCCCUGAUGAAAAUCUUGAACGAAGCUCAUGUCCCUGAUAAAAUUUCAGUGAACCACCUGGAGAAGAUCACCAACAAAAUAUUUGAGGUGAACAAGAUCACCUUUUCUGAUGAUGAGUUGCCCAUGGAAGGAACUGAAAAUGGGGAAAAACUAUUAUUACAGAAUAGUUUUUCCGUUCUAUCCUGGGAGGAAGUAAUCCAUAACCUGGUCCAACAGUGA